GCUCUCCCAAAUGCCCUUUUGCUCGGUCUAGCACAGUGUCGAUUGAAUCUAAGAACCGCCAUAUCUUACCUAGGACUAUGGAAAUCCGCACCCUUUCCCCUGACGAGGUCACGGAGACUGCAAGUUCUAAUUCUAGUUCGCAGACACGCGUCAUUCCCAUUGAUCAGAUUGACUCCACGUUCAAAUCCCAGUACACCGAUCUCAUCUCCGCUUCCCUGGGGUCACAAAUUCUCUCAUUCAGCGACGAGUGGUUUGCCAGCGCUUCAAACCUUAUCACACCAACGCCACCAGUGCGCAAGCCAGGUGUCUUUACUCAUGCUGGCGCCUGGUACGAUGGUUGGGAGACACGACGCCACAACACAGACCCCGCUGAUUGGGUCGUCAUCCGCCUUGGUGUUGCCAGUGGUAAAGUCGCAGGGGUAGAGAUUGAUACUGCGUUCUUUAAUGGCAACCAUGCCCCAGAAGUCGCUGUUGAAGGCUGCUUCGUUGCCAAUGAGAAAGACGAGGAGGUAAAGAAGGCCGAGUAUGCGGGAUGGGAAACGAUACUGAGCAAACAGGAGUGUGGACCGACUCAGAGGCAUGGGUGGAUGCUAGAAAAGCUCACAGAUAAGGCAUAUACGCAUGUCAGGCUGCUGAUGUAUCCUGAUGGUGGCAUUGCUCGGUUCAGGCUGUAUGGCAAUGCAGUGCCGGUUUUCCCAGAGAGUGUGGAUGAAGUGUUCGAGCUGUCUGCAACAGUCAUGGGUGGCGUGGCGAUCAGUUGUUCGGAUCAACAUUUCGGAACGAAAGAUAACCUGCUUCUUCCGGGGCGGGGGAAGGACAUGGGAGAUGGAUGGGAGACAAAGAGGACGAGAGGCCCCCAUACGGAUUGGACCAUUGUGCGGCUCGGUGCGAAGGGGGAGGUGGACCGUAUCGUCGUUGAUACAGCCCAUUUCCGAGGCAAUUUCCCACAGAAGGUACAAGUCUUCGCCGGAGACUUCGAAAGGGACCCCAAGCACGAUGAUGCGGGCUGGGUUGAGGUUCUCAGUCCUCAGAAGACAGGACCGGAUAAAGAGCAUGAGUAUGGCCAAGACGUCCUAAGGGAAGUCAAGGGAAAGAGGUAUAGCCACCUUAAGUUAGUCAUCAUACCGGACGGAGGAGUCAAGAGAUUCCGGGUAUUCGGUAAGAGGAAGAUAUAAAGGAGGGGUGGAGAAUAAUUUGAAUUCAGACGAACAAAUGUAUUACUAAAGUGAUAUUAGGCCGCGGGCCAUUCGCAGAGGUGGCGGAUAUAAAU